GCGGGCGCCCCAGUCCGUGAGUUCUUUAAAGAUGGCCGGAGCGGCGGUGGGCACCGCCGCCACCCCCGUGUACUGCGUGUGCCGGGAGCCCUACGACGUGAGCCGCUUCAUGAUCGAGUGCGACAUCUGCAAGGACUGGUUCCACGGCAGCUGUGUUGGGGUAGAGGAGCAUCAUGCUGUUGACAUUGAUCUGUACCAUUGUCCCAACUGUGCAAUUCUCCAUGGACCUUCUCUAAUGAAAAAGAGGAGGAACUGGCACAGACAUGACUACACGGAGUUGGAUGAUGGCUCCAAACCGGUGCAGGCUGGAACGCGGACCUUCGUUAAACAGCUGCGGGCUCGUUCUUUUCCAAGUGCUGAUGAAGUAAUUUUGAAAAUGCAUGGAAGCCAGUUGACACAAAGAUACUUGGAGAAGCAUGGGUUUGAUGUUCCUAUAAUGGUUCCAAAAUUAGAUGGUCUGGGGCUCAGACUUCCUCCGCCAACUUUCUCCGUCUUAGAUGUGGAACGCUAUGUAGGUGGUGACAAAGUGAUAGAUGUAAUAGAUGUAGCAAGACAAGCAGACAGCAAAAUGAAGCUCCAUAAUUAUAUUAAAUAUUUCACAAAUCCUGACCGACCAAAAGUAUUGAACGUGAUCAGCCUGGAGUUCUCGGACACAAAGAUGUCUGAAUUAGUGGAAGUACCAGAUAUUGCCAGAAAGCUUUCAUGGGUGGAAAAUUAUUGGCCAGAUGAUUCUGUCUUCCCUAAGCCUUUUGUUCAGAAGUAUUGCUUGAUGGGCGUCCAGGAUAGCUAUACUGAUUUUCAUAUUGAUUUUGGAGGAACUUCAGUUUGGUACCAUGUUCUCUGGGGUGAGAAGAUCUUCUAUUUGAUCAAGCCCACUGAUGAAAAUUUGGCUCUAUAUGAGUCUUGGAGCUCAUCUGUCACCCAAAGCGAAGUGUAUUUUGGGGACAAGGUUGACAAAUGUUACAAAUGUGUUGUAAAGCAAGGACACACUUUAUUUGUUCCAACAGGCUGGAUUCACGCUGUGCUCACAUCUCAGGAUUGCAUGGCUUUUGGAGGAAAUUUUUUGCACAACCUCAAUAUUGGCAUGCAGCUCAGGUGUUAUGAAAUGGAGAAGAGGCUAAAAACCCCAGAUCUUUUCAAAUUUCCUUUCUUUGAAGCCAUCUGUUGGUUUGUGGCCAAAAACUUACUGGAAACAUUAAAAGAACUGAGGGAAGAUGGUUUCCAGCCUCCAAGCUAUUUAGUGCAAGGAGUGAAGGCUUUACUUACGGCUUUAAAACUAUGGAUGAAAAAAGAACUUGUAACAGAACAUGCCUUUGAAAUUCCAGACAACAUUAGGCCUGGACAUCUCAUAAAAGAGCUCUCAAAAGUGAUUCGUUCCGUAGAGGAGGAAAACAACAAACCAGUUAAAACUCAGGGAAUUCUCGGUGUGUGUGCAGCGUCACGGUCUUCACAUGAAACAGCUUCUCCUCACCACUCCAGACGAAGGGUGAGGAAACUGCGAGACCAUGCUACCAAAACUCCUUCCAACCUGGACAUCUUGGAACUCCACACAAGGGAGGUACUGAAAAGGCUGGAGAUGUCACCGUGGGAGGAGGAUACAGCAAACUCGAAACUGAAUGGGAGAUUUAACAAGCCCUUUCAGCCAUCUUCUACAGUACCUGAAUGGCGAACAAAAGACAAUGAUCUUCGCCUUCUGCUGUCAAAUGGAAGAAUAAUUAGAGAUGAGAGACGCCCAUUUACAGAUCGAAGUCUUUACACGGCAGAUAGUGAAGACGAAGAUGACAGGACAAGGUCAAAAAAGACGACUGUUAAGAGAGAAGUCCAGACCUCAGGAUUUGAAGGAGGAGGGAAUACAGAUGCCCAGAAACCACUGAACAUGUUCUUUGAAAGUGUGAAAUCAGAACUCAGGAAUGGAUCCUCAGAGUACUCUGAUAUUUCUGAUUCAGAAGAAUCUGAGCCUGAUUGCACUACACAGCAGAAGGAUUCCUCCACAGAGGAGUCAGAAAGCUCAGGUGAUGAAGAGAAACAGGAAGUAACAUCAAAUUUCAAAGAGGACUCUAAGGUCACAAGAGACCUUUGUCAAUCUUCUCAGAAGCCAUCCAGAAAUGAAACUCCCAAUAAAAAGGAAUGUCCUACCUCGACAAGUACAGAAGAAGAAGCUAUUCAGGGCAUGCUUUCUAUGGCAGGAUUGCACUAUACCACAUGUUUACCAGGUCAUACUCAAAGCACAGACUGCACAGAUAAAAGAACCUCUCUUCAGGAACACAGAAGCUAUCCCAGAAGUAGGCAUAAAGACAGACAGCCAUCUCAGAGUCACAAAGCAAUGGAAUGUGGUAGGUCUGUGAAGGAAGAAGAAAGACAAUUGGGAACUUCAUCAUGGGCUAGACACAUGAAUGAAGCCUCGAGGAUUACCCCUCAGGAUACAAAUAAAACACAAAAAUAUAUCAAGAAAGAGGGUGCAUCGGAGGCUAAUCAUAAAGUUCAGGAAAACCGAAGUAUAGCCCACAACAAUGGCCUGAGUUUUCAGCAUGGCAAGUAUACACGAGACUCCAAUCUAAUUCAAGGAGAAUGCCGGCUGAGUGAUGGCAGCCUCAGCCCCGACAGGCCAUAUGGUGAAACGUCCUUGUCUAUACCACUUCACCCAACGAAGAGGCCAGCAUCAAAUCCACCCCCUAUCAGUAACCAGGCGACAAAAGGCAAACGUCCAAAGAAAGGAAUGGCAACUGCUAAACAGCGUCUUGGGAAGAUCUUGAAGCUGAACCGGAAUGGCCAUGCACGCUUCUUUGUUUAAUGUAGCUGCUACUUCUACUACUGCUGUCUUUCCUAUACAGACCAGUAUUGAGGUCGACAGAGCCUGGAGCUGCUGUUUUUCCUCUGCUUGAAGCAGACUUGCAUGUACCGUAUAAAACACUGCCUGAUGAACAACAAAAACAAACAAAAAAACAAAACCCACAACCCAAUGCUGCAUUUUCACUGUGCCACACCUGCUCAGCAAUAACCAUACGGGAAUGGGGAAAUCUUCGGAGAGACAUGGACUGUGAGAAUUAGUCUCUCAUCAGGGCUUGAAUAUCAUAUGUUGCUGGUAGUUUCUGACCUAAUUCAUGAGGGGAAGAUGAUGAAGGUGGUUUAUCAAUAAUUUAUUUCUGAUAGAUUUUGACAACUUUUAAAUUCAUUUUAAAAACCUAUUUAUUUGGAAGACUUUUUUUGUGGGGUUAUUAAUUUAGAUUUAAGAAUGUGAAAGUUUUUAAUUGUUUUGAUAAUGUAUGUUUGGUGCAGUGGAGAGCCACAUUAAUGGUGAUUAUUAUUCUGGACUCCUAAAUUUGAUAUUCAGGUUAUAGUCUUAAAUAGGGAUGAGAUGCAUUAUUAAUUAUUUUUAAAUUAAGGCUUAUGGAAUCUUAUUUUUUUUCCUGCUCUUUAUAAGCUAUUGGCUGGGCUUCUGUUGAUUUGCAAGUGCAUAUUCUCUGCCAGCUUGGUUAUUUUUUGACCUCUCCUCUUUUAUACAGAUUUAUUUAUUUGAUGGGCUAGAAGAGACUCUCCUAAAGACAGAAGAUUCUUCUUAUGUCUGUCCAGUAGCUAUCUUGCUUUAAGCCGCACCCCUUUCCUCCAAAUUGGAGUGCAUACUUUUCCUCCUGAUGUGAUGUUUGAUUUAUCUCUGAUAAUUUUCUUCUGCAAAAAGGCUCCCUGAAGUUGCAUUUGUACAGGUUAUUCAGAAGUUGGUACGAGGGAGGGAAACGAUACAUCUUGGAGGAACGGGGAGCUCAGUCAAGUUACACAUUUUCCACAACGCUUACUCAGUAAUAACGCAUAAGAUACAUUGUGGUCUUAAGAUUUGGCAUAUUAUUUAAUGUAGCAUGAAAGAAGCAUUAAAAUAUUAUUGUACUUCAGACAUUUCAGUGAAUAUCAGGAAGGCAAGAGAAUCUGUGUUGCUUUCAAAGCUGGGCAUGACAGCCAAUUAAAAGUCUUAACUGGUGCGCAUAUAAGCGUUAAGUAGCUUACUGGUAUCGGAAUGAUCAUUUGUGUCAAGCUUCCUUCAGAGCUGAUAGCAAAUGCUGAUUCUGAAUUAUUGUAAAUAAUUUUGAUUUUAAAUUUGUAUUUUUCUGUAAUAUAAAAUUAAAUAUUUAACUUUUGGGGGUUGGGGUUGAAGGCAGAAAGGGGAAUACUUGAUUCUGGAAAAAGGGCAUUUUGCAGGGUCCAGCCAAAAUGAAAACAUUAAUAUUCUAGUGACAACUAUUUUUUGUUGUUGUUGUUUAUUUGUUUGUUUUCUUUUGAGUGAUUUCCUAAGAGUAAAAUUCUCAGGAAUAGUUAUCCAAUUUGUUGAACUGAUUUAAACUUCCAUAACCAGUUUUUCCUUCCUCCAUAUUCUAUACUGAAAUAGUUUUCUCGUGUUGUAAUUUAAAAACAGAUUAUCUUGGACUUUGCAGAAUAUUUGUGCAGAGUUAUUUUCAUAUAGACUAGAUAAUGAAUGCCUUUACAAAUUUAUGGAAAUAGUUCUGAUGUCAGGUAGUUUUGAUUGUUGCAGGGUCAAAACUUUUCAGCACUAUGUUAUCCUGUUUCUAAAUUGAGAAACAUCAAAACAUAAUGCAACUGCAAAUAAAUCGGGUAGUUUUCAUGGCCUAACUUCCUCUGGAGCUUCAAAAUUAUAACUUAAGUUUUUUUGUUUGUUUGUUUGUUUUUUUGCAGCCCCUCUUUAACUUUAUAUUGACUUGACUUUAAAUGUAUGUGUGUGUGUCUGUGUGCGUGAGUGUGCAUAUGAAUGAUUUUUUUAAACCUUUUUUUGUUUGCUAGCUAUGAUUUCACAAAAGUAUAUAUUUCUUCCACCCCCAUCCCCUGGAAGAAGAACACCACUGGCUGCAUUCAGGCUGUUUUCAGUCUUCUUUUUUUUUUUUUUAAUUACUUUUUUUUAUUAAUGCAAGCUGUUAACCUUGUUUAGACUAUUGCGAAUGGACAUAACAAAAGAUUGCUACAAAUCAGAAGAUAAGCUAAGAGGUACUCUCUGGUGCUGAAAGUGACAAUAAGUACUUGCUAUUCUCAGGUGCUAUGUUUUCCAGAUGGAAAUAGUCAAAAGAGAAUAUUUUAGCUAUCUUCUAACAUGUUCUCAUCAAGGUAAUAAGUCAAAGAAAUAAACUAUGUUGUCAGUGCUAGUUAAAAUUAUAUACCAUAUAAAUAUACUCUGUGCUUAAGCUUGAGCUAAUAGGUUACUGCCCACCAAGCUUUGAAAUCUGUUUUAGCUUUAGCAUAUUGAACCAAACUGCUUCCUUCUUGCUGACUGUAUAAUUUUUAAGAACAAAAAUUUCCAGUUUAGGACAGCAAGCAGAUUGAGAGUAGAAGGAGGAAUGAGCCAUCUCUCCUUGAAGGCAGAUUUCAGGGAACACUAAUCGGAAAUAGAAGUAUGCCAGAAUAGAAUCUGGAGUAAGGAAUUUUGAAGUAUGGAAUAAGUGUUCUUGUAUAUGUGACAGAUUUAUACAGAGUUUCUUUUCUGACCAUCCAUAUUAUUUAUCUGUAUCUUACUAUUGGAACACAGACAUGGCUGGACCCAUUUAUAUUAUUUCUUCUUGUUUUUAUCCUUUCUUUAUUCUGUUUUCUACCUUUUUUUUCCAAAGUGGCUCUCCACUGUUGUUGCUGUUGUGAGUUUGUGUAAUAGUCUCUUCGCAGGCUGUCAACAGGCAGAGGUUCAUUCCCAUUUUCUUCAGAUAUCCAUGCUUCCAGCAGAUGUUAACUCUGAUGUUCCACCGCAGAACGAGCAAUUUAAAAGAAAUUGCCAUUAGGAGCAAUAUUUUAAAAAAGAAAAAAAAAAAAAAAGAAAAAAAAAAGUCUAGUCUCCUGGUAGCUUAUGAAGAGGAUGUGGUAACCUCACUUGUUUUGUGUACUUGUUUGUAGGGAUAUUUUUGUGUUCUAGGUGAAAACACUACUGCACCAAUCUUUUUGUAGAUGGACUGAACCUUGUGUUGUAGUAGUGGAGGGAAAAAGCCCUAUUUUUUUUCUUGCUGUAUCACUUGGGAUGGGAGAGAUGGGGAGUGGGGAGCACUGACAUGAAAACUCAGAGAAUUAAGCCUGGUAUGGUAACUCGUUUUGGAGGAGGAUCUUUUUUGAAAAGUCAGUGAACUUGGAUUUGACAUAAAAACCUACUUUUAUUUUUUUUAGUUGAUAGACCAUACAGUAGGAAACGAAGUAUUGUAGGGGUUUUCCCGUUCUCUUAAGUUCUCACGUUCCUACAACUAGGAAGAAAAGAAACAAGAAACAAAAAACAAAAACAAAAACCAGAAACAAAACAACCAAAACAUGAAAAUGGAAAGACCACCUAGAAACUAUAUCAAUGACUCUUCCAGCAACUUUCCCUUUUCUCCCUCUAGACUUGCUAAUAAACCCUGGCUACAAGGUAGCCUUUAAUGACCUCUGAGGUAGAUUACCUAUGCAACCUAUAAUACUCUACAUAAAUCCAUUUUAAAGACAAUUUUGAAAGGGUUAGAUGUUGAGAGUUACAAUUAUUGCUUUCUGAUCACACGGGGAAUCUUGGGGGGGUUUGAAGUUGUGUUUAUUUUUUUGGUGGUUGAAGUGCUUGUGUUACUUUUCGUAGCAAAAUAAGAGAGCACAGUGUCAUGAUUGCCUUUUAGAAGCUUCAGCUUUCCCUAGGCUUUGCUAUAUGGCAUCAGCUGCCUUCAUCCUCACGGCCAUGAAGUUGCAAAUGUUGAAACCAUUUUUUUUCAGGGUUUCAGAGUUAGGGCUGGCAUGAAGUUUGCUAACUGCUUUUUUGGCGAUUGUGGAGACUAAGCAGAGCUGAAGCUAGAGUGACCUGGUACUACAAGCCUAUAACUACUGCCCUAUUUAGGCUCCACGUGCCCACCUAUCCCUUCACACUCCCACCACCAAGUCUAGCGUCUUUUCAGAGUCUCAUUCAUGUAAUACUUCCAGACCAUUAAAAGCUGUUUGUACCUCUGGGACUGAGUGAGCCUAGAGCUACCUCUGUUUCUCAGAAGAAAUAUAAAUGGAACCCAGGGCCUUACUAUUUGUGGUUAAACAAGAUUAAAAGCUACGACAUCCAUUUUUUCCAAAAAAAUAACCCUUAGUAAAAAAAUAAAAAUAAAAAACACCCUAGUAGCCCUCUUUGUGGGAGCAUGAGAGUGAUAAGUCAUGCAGCGGAUGGGAAAUACAAGUAGCACUGAUAAGGGGAUGCGCCUUCUUCAUAGGCUGCAUUUCUGUUUGGAAAAAAGGACUUUUUCUACUUUUAAUAUAAAUUAAGCCAUAAGAGUUUCAUGCUGUGGGAAGGGAAUGAAAGGGAUCACUUUAAGAGAUUAUAUUGAUAUGUAUUGUCACUUCUGCUGGGAAAUGUCUAUUGCUGCCAAUGCUUUGGCAAAUCUUUUUUUAAAAAAAAACGUGAAAUUUGAGGGAAAAAAAAUGGGGGAGCUAGUUCUUGGCUAUAUUUACUAGUUUUGUAGUAAUGUUUUGCUGGCCCGUUUGUCUCUUCCUCUCCUUUUUCUACUCUGAUAGUCUAAUUUCUGUCUUUCCUUCUAAUGUCCCUGAAAAUAUUAGCUUGUCUGCUCAGUAGGGGUCGGUGUAUGUGUGUCUUCCUCUUUACAGAAACGCACUACUGUGUUAAGUAUUUGGCUGGGAAAUGGGAUGCUGCAGCUUUAAGAGCAUUUUUUUCAAUUCAUAACAGUAUUUCCCAUCCUCUUUUGCCUGCAGGCAGGGAAAGUGUAUGUACAGUAUUUAUUUUGUUUUGAUUUUACUUUAAAUUUGUAAGUUUCUAUAAGUAGUUCACAUUGAUUAUUCUAGGGGAGGACAAGUGGCUUUGUUUAAAUUUGUAUUUGAUAUUCAUAGUUUCCACUUUCUGUACUUUAAAAUACUGAAAUUAAAAAAUUGUAUUGCUUAUGUUUUGAUUUUAGCACUCUAAAGUGUUUAAUUUCUUCAGUCUUCUCAUUCACUUCAGUGUAAAUACAAAAACUGUACAGAACGUGCUUUUCUAGGCCCAGUGUCUGUGCUCUUUACUCACGGCGUUUUUAAGACAAAAUUUUCUGGAGAAAUGUGAGAAGGAAUAUUCUCAUACUGUUCUUUAUUUUUUGACGUGCAAACAUUGUUUCAAUCCAAGUAUAUUAUAUGGCAGCCAAACGCAAUUUGUGAAGAUGUGUAUAUUCUUUCUGAAUCUUAAUAUAGAAGGGAGGUGGAAGUGUUCUGUGAUCUGUCAUAUUAGCAAGAAAAAUAGAGGUGUAAACUCUAAGCAGGGUGUCAAAAAAAAAAACAACAAAAAAAGAUAUUUUCAUGUUCUUCUUGCUCUUGGGUUUUGUUCAGUUUUGCCUCAAGCUACUGAUGACUCAUUUCUGGAUACCUUUUUUCUACAAGCGGCGUGCUGUUUCCGCAAGAAGCGAUUUCUCUUGCACACUUCCACGUAGUUUGUCAUAUUCACGGAUGGCUUCCCUGCUCAUUUCUCCCUCCACAUGUCAUCUUCUGUUUUACAGUUGUCAGUGCUCCCUGUUUUGACUCCAUAUGGCAUAACAGUGUUUGCAUGUGGGUACCCUACCUGGGGUAAUUUAAACAUUGCCAUGUUGCAGUCGCUGCAUUGCAUUUUCUUCCCUUGCAAAUAGUGCUUUGUGCUACUGAACAAUUUCAGUGUCGUAUAUGGACAGAUGCUUAGAUUCCAGUGAUGGCCAUUUUAUGAGAGCCUUAGAGGAAUGGUGCAGCUUGGCAGGCUUGGAAGAAUCAGAUGGCAAAAAGCGUUUGAGCAUCCUCUGCAGCUGUGCAAGCGUACUUCGUAGGCUGGCUUUUAGUUUGCAGAGAAUUUAUGGUUGACUGCAGCGACUAGGAGCUCUGUUCAUGGACCAGGACUCUGUUUCACCACAUGCUUUACAAAGAGCAAGAACACUGUCCUCAAACCAUGUCCUGUUUCAGUUUAAGAUUGAAAUAGUUUUGUAAAAAAAA